AAUGUCAAGGUCAAGAAAUGGAUAGUGAAGUGAAGCGAGACGGCAGAUUAAUGGAUGCCAUUGACGACGAGUGGCGCCGCGAUAAACUUCCGGUACAAGAUAUAAUGGUUCCCGUCAUGCAACUACCGGAAACAGAACCAGAUAACGGACCAUCAAUUGAGACGCCUCAUGAACAAGAACAGAAGUGGACAGAUCUUGGCUUGUCUACCUUUAGAAACACUCCACCAACCUCAACUGCCAACACAUGAUUGGUAAACAUUGGCUUAUUUUUUAAUCGUCGUUUUGUGGACUUUCUCAUUCCAAUGGCACUGUCAAUGAUGGACGAACAGACAACUAAUUUACAAGUUGAACUUAUUCACAGGAAAUUUAAGGCUGGGUUUUAAAACAGCUGUUAGAGCUUGAUUAAGGAUGUAUUUUCCUUCAAGAAAAGUUUUUGAACUAGCAUCUUCCACUUGGCCCUGUUAAUGCUUUAAUACAAAACUUGUACCUUAGUCUUACUUAAAAUGUCACCGUUUUUUCGGUAUGUAGACCUAGCCUACAUCAAUAUAUGGACGGCAUUGAUGUCGAAUGUCGCCAAAAUAAACUUCCGGUAAAGAUGUUGUUCCUUUAUUCAAUUGUCAACCAGUAAAAUAAAAUGAUUAUUUUAU